GAUAGGGAGUAGAACGAGAAAUGGGAUUGUGGAGAAAGGAAAUUGCAAGCGAAGCAAAGAAACAGCUAUGGUUGGCAGGACCAAUGAUUGCUGUGAGCUUGUUCAUGUACAGUUUACAACUGACAUCGCUAAUGUUUGCGGGUCAUUUGGGAGAGUUGACCCUGUCUGGUGCUUCCAUGGCUACUUCUUUCCUCAAUGCCACUGGUUUUAUGGUACUGAUGGGAAUGGCGAGUGCCUUGGACACAUUUUGUGGUCAAUCAUAUGGAGCAGAGCAGUAUCACAUGCUUGGCAUACAUAUGCAGAGAGGCAUGUUGGUCAUCUUACUUGUUGCCGUAGCCCAGUCUAUUAUUUUGGCGAACUUAAGACCUAUUCUGGUUGCACUGCAUCAAGAUCACAAUAUUGCAAAAGAAGCUGGAGUAUAUGCUCGUUACAUGAUUCCAAGUCUUUUUGCCUACGGUCUUCUUCAGUGCAAUAUCAAAUUCCUACAAAACCAGAACAUAGUCUUCCCUAUGGUUCUAACUACUGGAAUCUCAAGCUUAAUUCACGUCCUUUUUUGUUGGGUUUUGGUCCUAAAAGCUGAGCUUGGCAUCAAGGGAGCUGCCAUCGCAUUUUGCAUUUCAAAUUGGAUUAGCUUGCUAUUGCUAGCACUUUAUAUCAAGUACUCUUCUUCAUGCAAGAGAACUUGGACGGGCUUUUCAAGAGAAUCCUUUCAUAACAUCCCCCAAUUUUUCAGACUCGCUCUUCCUUCAGCUCUCAUGAUCUGCUUGGAAGCAUGGACGUUUGAAUUGAUGGUGAUCCUGUCUGGUACUUUUCCUAAUCCAAAACUACAAACUUCAGUUUCUUCUAUAUGCCUUAACACAUCUGGUCUGUUAUGGAUGUUGCCCUUUGGAAUUGCGGCUGCUGCAAGUACAAGGAUAUCAAACGAACUAGGGGCCGGCUAUCCAAAAGCUGCAAAAUUAGCACUUGAAGUCACCUUAUCCAUGGCCCUCAUAGUGGGAGUUUUGGAGUUUUCUCUGCUAAUGAUAUUAAGGAAUAUUUGGGGUGGGGCAUUUACCAAUGUACAUGAAGUGGUGAGAUAUGUGGCAUCCAUGCUCCCAGUUGUGGCGAGUGCCGCUUUUAUGGAUUCAAUUCAAACUGUACUCUCAGGUGUUGCAAGAGGAUGUGGUUGGCAGAAACUUGGUGCAUUUGUGAAUCUUGGCUCAUAUUAUCUUGUGGGUGUUCCUCUUGCUGUAGUCUUUGCUAUUGUCCUCCACAUGAAAGUAAAGGGCCUCUGGAUGGGCAUCGCAUUAGCACUUGUUGUGCAAGUGGUAUGUCUUCUUCUUAUUACCAUGCGCACCAACUGGGAGAAAGAAGCUAAGAAUGCUGCAAUAAGGGUACAAGGUCCCAGAGUCCCAGCAAGUAACCUAAAUGCUACUAAUUGACGGAGCCGUAAUUCUGAAAGUCACACUAUUUUAGCAUAUGAAACGAAGAU